AUGUCCCUUGCGCUCGACACAACCACGCGCCUCGAAGGUCGGAACACACCGGAAGGCAUUCUUUAUACUGGCGGAAGGGAUGGACUAAUCAUAUCAUGGGAUUUGGGACUUCCGUUCAGGCGGAGACAUGAUGGCAGGUACCGCAGAGACCCGUUAGACAGAUGGGAAAUGUUGACAGGAAUGGGAGAUGAAACACUCGCUGAAGAGGCUGAGGAAGAUGAACGACGAGAUGGUGAUGUGCUAGGAGAUGUAAAGGAGAGUGGAGGACGAAAGCGAAGAGGCAGCACAACGGACCAGUUACCGUACGAACUUCAGUGGCAGUUGGACACCGAUGCGUUGAUAUCAGGAUCGCCUUCUAGCUUCCGUCAGUGCGCACAGACCCACACAGACUGGGUAAAUGAUCUCUUGCUCUGUAAUUAUAAUCAGACAGUUGUUUCUGCAUCAUCCGAUGGAACCAUCAAGGCCUGGCAUCCUCAUGCCAUUUCUCCCAGUGACCCGUCUGCAAUAGGGUCUCACGCCGAUUAUGCACGCUGUCUCGCUCUUUGUCGUGGACAGAACUGGAUAGCUUCUGGCUCAUUCGACCGGACCAUCAAACUCUGGGAUCUCACCCGAGCAUCGAUAUCCCCCGAACCAUUCCUUACCCUCAACCCACCUGAUGCUACCGCGCCUAAAGCCUCUGUAUAUGCAAUAGCCUCCGACCCGUACGGACACGCCAUUGCAAGUGGAUCUCCAGAACGUGUCGUCAGGAUGUGGGACCCACGCUCGGGAAAGAGGACAGGGAAGUUGGUCGGCCACACGGACAAUAUCAGAGCCAUUCUUAUGUCAGAGGAUGCGCGAUAUCUUCUCACAGGUUCUGCAGACGCAUCCAUCAAGCUAUGGUCAUUGUCAUCUCAGCGAUGCUUACAUACGUUUGCAUACCACACAGAUUCUGUUUGGUCUCUACAUUCGACGCAUCCCUCACUCGAGGUAUUCUACUCUGGCGACAAGUCGGGUAUGGUGUGUAAAGUCGAUGUGGAGGGAUGCGCAGACAUUUCGGAUGGCGCCUGCAUCACUAUUGCGGGGGAAUCUUCUGUUGAAGUCGGGGAAGGUAUCAAUAAAAUCGUAACCGCAGAUGACGGUCUUCUUUGGACCGCCUCCGGUAAAUCGAGCAUCAGUCGCUGGAGGCUUCCGAAACCCAUACCGAAACAAGUCUUAGAGGAAGAGAGAGAAAUCAUUGCUGAUAGAUCCUUCACUACGAUCUCGAGGAGACAAGUUUCCCUUGGACCUGACUCUAUACAGUGGUCUGCACCACCGUCAAUACAUCAAGUUCGUAGGGAUGACGCGACAGCAGCCUACCCCGGUGUCCCGCUCACAUCUUUUGUACGACUCACCUCUCCUGAUAAUCCUUUCUCCCCUUCUUCGUUCGCUCUACGUGGACGCGAUCCCGAGGUUGCAACAUUAUACUCUGCUGCGUCCAUCGCCUCCGUUCCGGGAGGACGUUUGCCACUCCAUGCUACUCUUCAUCACUCUUCCACCCUCAUGCCCCCCAACACUCUCCGGAGCAAGAGAAUGAAUGACCCUCGAACGGCUUAUGAAGCUCGGGAGUUCGCUGCUGAUGCCGAGCCUUUAAACGCAAACCCAGAUGCGGUGAUAGCAGGCUCUCCUGGCCUCGUGCGAGCUAUCUUGUUGAACGAUCGGAUGCAUGCGUUAACGGUAGAUACGACAGGCGAAGUCGCUGUGUGGGAUAUCGUGCGAGGAAUCUGCAGAGGUCAAUUUGCCCGUGAUGAGGUGCGCGCUGCGAGUAGAUCCGGCAGUACUUCCAGCAGUGGGCGUCGUCAUGACAACGGGAGUGUGACAGGGGAUGACAAAGAAUGGAGUCCUCGUGAGGCGCUUGAGGCAGUCCGAGAGCGCAUUGAGGGUGAUGCCGUCAGUUCGCCUUGGUCGUCUGUGGACACGAAAACCGGUGUUCUCACUGUGCAUAUCAACGAGCGCUGUUUCGAGUCUGAAAUAUACGCAGACGAGGCUGGCUUCGAUCAUGACAGGCAUUUUGGCGAUGAACUCCGGUUUAACAUUGGCCGGUGGGUCCUACGAAAUCUGUUUCUCGGCUUUAUCCGCGAGGAGCAACGCAUUCGUCGUAAACGCGACGGUUCCGAGACUGGUAACUCAACUAUACAGCGCACUGUGGCUCCAUCACUGGAACCGAAUGGGAACUCAUCAAGUUCCACACUGCGGCAUUCCUUCGAGUCUUCAACGAGGCCGUCGCGAGUUCUUGUUAGUAGUGCAGUUGUGACAUCAACCACUUGUUUGCCCGCUGUCCUUCCUUCACUUCCCUCUUUGACUCGACCCAGCCCUCUUCUUACCCCGAUGAUACCGCUCGUUGCGCUGAAAUCUCCUCCACCGUUAUCCAUUAUCCCUCAAUUGCCUCCGAACGAUACCACUUCUGUCCCUCGACCAAUACGCACGCAAGGCCUUGAUCCAGUGACACCGCUCCCCAGCGCGUCUCGGGACUUGGACUAUUUCUCGCCCCAUCCUCAUACACGGCGCCCGUCUACGGGAAGCACCGCGCUGUCAGAUGCCGGUGAUUUUUCUGCGUGGAGUGGUCCUCCGAGUGUCUUGGCAACACCGACAUCAAGCACCCCUACUGGCGGCAGCGGGUUCAUGGGGCGUCUGAAGAGCCUUGGUAAAGGCACUGUGAGAAAAAUGACCAUUGACGCAUUACCGGGUUCACCUAUAUCUAGCCCUGCUGGCAAUCUGGCCGAUAUGCCAACCGCUCCAGAGGCGCCUGCAGACACCGUUGAAAAAUCCCCUGUACAGGCACUCCUUGCACACCCUAUCUCACCUCCUGCGUCCAAUGAUGCUCCCACUUUGAUGUUGCCUCCGGCAAUGACAAUAUUGAUAUCUGACGAAGUAUAUCCCGGGUGGAGAACGGUUUAUAGGGGCAGCGUGUCGACUACAUGGGCUGACGUGUACAAGUUGGAGUCGACGAUACCUCUGUGGCUUGCUGAAUACCUGCUAUUCAACAAAAUUACGAGCCCGCCUCCUGCAAAGGUCUCUUUUGUAUUACUACCCUGGCCAGGCACAGAACAGGGACAUGAGCCACUCCCGGAGUUGCUCAACACGUCACAGUCCAAAUUAACGUCGAGCAGGUUCCUGAGAGUUCGCAAGCUGACUCAUCAUGUUCAGGAAAAGUUGGACAAAAUAUCUGGCAGUCCUACAUCGACCCAUCAUCCACCGCAUGACGAUAAUCAAAACUCGCAUGAUCGUGCUCGAGGCGAAGACCUGUACGAAAUUCUCUGCAAUGAUUCUGUUCUGCCGUUGGAUAUGACUUUGGCUGCUGUACGACAUUAUUUCUGGCGUCAGGCUGGUGAGCUUGUGAUGCACUAUCGUUUUAAAAUUCGGACCCAAGUAUCGAGUGUUGAUGUGCCUUUACAACAUAUGUAA